AUGAGCAGCCUCGACGCCGCCGAAAGAGACAAAUUCUACGAGGACCUGCACGCCCUCUUAGCGUCUGUGUCGAAGGCGGACAAGUUGAUUGUCCUUGGUGACUUCAACGUCCGCGUCGGCACAGACCAUGAUGCCUGGAGAGGAAUGCUAGGCCCACAUGGUCUCCACGGCUCCAACGACAAUGAUCUACUCCUCCACCGCACCUGCGCAGAACACCGCCUCAUCCUGACGAACAACUUCUUCUGUCUGUCGGAGCGAGAGAAGGCCAUCUGGAGGCAUCCUCGGUCGCGUCAGUGACACCUGCUGGACUAUGUCCUCGUCCGGAGGCGAGACCAGCGGGACGUGCUGAUGACAAAGGCGAUUCGGGGGCCGACGAGUGGACCGACCAUCGCCUCGUCACCUCGAGGAUGCGUAUUCGUCUACAGCAUCGCAGGAGACCACAAGGUAAGCGACCCCCAGGUAGGCUGAAUAUUGCUUUGUUGUCUUUGCCCGCUCACCAUCUUCAUUUCAGCAAUGAACUGGCUCAACGGCUAGGCGACCUUUCAGUCGCUGCCGCCGCCGCCGACGAGUACGCCUCCGUGGAGAACCGAUGGUGCCAACUGCGGGACACAGAUCAGUCGACGGCGCUGGCCGUCCUCGGUCGCGCACGCCGGCAACACCAGGACUGGUUCGACGAAAACCACGUCGCUAUCAGCAACCUGCUCGCCUGCACAAAGCCUAGUUAG